AUGUCACAUCUUCCAACAGUAUCCCCAUCUCCGCCGACGAGCAAACGGAUAUCCACCUCAUCCAAAACAACAUUCCACUUCCUCGCCGGCCUCGCAUCCGGCCUAACCUCCUCCAUCCUCCUACAACCAGCCGAUCUACUCAAAACCCGCGUACAGCAACAAUCCAAACGCACCGCCUCCCUAACAGCAACCAUCCGCUCAAUCCUCUCGUCCCCAAACCCCAUCCGCUCUCUAUGGCGAGGCACUCUCCCCUCCGCGCUCCGCACAGGCUUCGGCUCAGCAUUAUAUUUCACAUCUUUAAACGCACUGCGUCAAGAAGUGGCCCGACGCGGGCCCGCCGUUGCUCUUCUUGACAUCUCCACAGCAUCGUCAUCAACGGCGUCAUCAUCAGCCCUGCCCAAACUCUCCCACACCGCGAACCUCCUCACAGGCGCAAUCGCCCGCACAUCUGCAGGCUUCCUCAUGAUGCCCGUAACCGUGCUCAAAGUGCGCUACGAAUCAGACUACUACGCCUACCGCAGCCUGGCCGGCGCAGCCAAGGACAUUAUCCGCACCGAGGGCUUUCGCGGCCUCUUCGCCGGCUUUGGCGCCACGGCUGUGCGCGAUGCGCCUUAUGCUGGUCUCUAUGUGGCUUUUUACGAGCAGCUCAAGCGAACCCUUGGUCGGAUAGGCGACAGCAAUACUGAUCAGGAGGAGAACAAUAUCAUACAAUCUCCCAAAACAAUAAACUUUGCCUCGGGCGCCAUGGCAGCUGGCCUCGCGACUGCACUUACGAACCCCUUCGAUGCGGUGAAGACGCGCAUUCAGCUGCAGCCAGACAAGUAUCGAAACAUGUUCCAUGCGCUGCGACUCAUGAUCCGCGAAGAUGGCGGGCGGAGUCUGUUGAGUGGACUGGGCUUGAGAAUGGGACGGAAAGCGCUCAGCUCGGCGCUGGCGUGGACCGUAUAUGAGGAGUUGAUUAUGAGAGCUGAGAGAAGGUGGGAGGAUCAAGGUGGGGGGUAG